AUGACGAGCACUUCCUGGGAAAAUGUCCAUAGAAAUGAUCUCGCAUCUCUGUUAGAAGGGGAAGGGUAUUCAAACUGUUACCCUCAACGACAGUAUGAAGGCAAAGACUUGCCGUUACAUGUGCUAGAGGCAGGAGGUGAGGGAGACGUGGAGGAGAAGAGUGAGAGUGUCCAGAACAGUCUGGCAGGGACCUUGCCUCCACCCUCGGGUCCAAGUGGUCUGGUCAUAUUUGGUCGGCUGGUGCAAAAACACAGCUAUGUCAGCGCUCUUAUUAUCAUGAUGGUGUGGAGUAUCACCUACAACAACUGGCUGACUUUCGCCCUGCUGGUGUGGUCCUGUAUAAUUUGGAUGAUGCGAGACCGGCGGCGGUACGCUAUGAUGUCUGCCCCUUUCCUGGCCAUCUACGGCACUGUCCUGGUGGUGCUAGGCUUCAUGAGCGGGUUGCGUCUGAGCCGGGCCGAGCUGUACCCCGGUCUGCCCCCAGCUGUGAUAGUGGACUUCGACCUGAACAGUUAUCACCCUGCGCCCUGUGUCCAUCUGGGGGCAAAGGUCAGCUAG